AUUAACAUCUUGAGAGAAAUGAAUAAGUGGACUUUCAUUAGGUAAAAUAUCUCAUACAGUAGACUUGUAUGGGAAACAGAAAAUGUUUCCUUCUGUUACUUGUAUGACUCCAUUAACCUUUACCAACAUCUGCCUCUAAGACAGACUAUCUAUAUCCUUCAAGAAUCAAUGACACAUAAUCUAAAUACACACAUACUCACAACACCACAAACACACAUAGCACAUGACAUAUAUUACUUAAGAAGCAAAGAGGGACUCUUAAGUAAGGUGGUUCCUAUUCCGGGAAAUAUUGGUGAAUCAAAUCUUGGUAUGGAUCCUGAUUUAAUGAUGGAAAUAGCACAAGAGGUAGAUGUAAUCAUAAAUUCAGCAGCCAAUACAACAUUUGAUGAGAGAUUUGAUGUAGCCGUAAACAUAAACACAAGAGGGCCAUCUCGAGUACUUGAUUUUGCAAAGAAGUGCAAGAAACUUUGUUGUUUCAUACAUGUAUCAACUGCAUAUGUUAAUAUAGAAAACGUCGGAGAGACUCUCAACCCCAAAAGCUCACCAUUAUUACACCCUCCUCUGGAUGUUGAUGCUGAAGUGAAGUUGGCUUUGGAUUCAAAUCUUGCUUUUCAUGGAGAUGAAGAAAUAGCUCGGAAAAUGAAAGAAAUGGGUUUAGAAAGGGCUAGAAGUUACGGGUGGAAAAAUGUUUAUGAAUUUAGCAAGGCAAUGGGAGAAAUAAUAAUUGAUAAGAAUAGAGAAGAAAUCCCAGUUGCUAUUGUUCGUCCAAGUAUUAUUGAAAGCACUUUUGAAGAGCCUUUCCCUGGAUGGAUACAAGGGUUCAGAAUGGUUGAUCCAUUCAUUUUGGCUGUCGGAAAAGGCUACCUCCCUGCCUUCAUAAACCCUGAGACAGUCGUAGAUAUAGUUCCAGUUGAUAUGGUUGUGAAUGCAAUUAUUUCUACAAUGGCAAAGCAUGGAAUUACUAGGAAACCAGGGCUUAACAUCUACCACAUUACGUCUUCUAGAGUAAAUCCAGUGACGAUGAAAUUCUUAUUUGACACGUUCUAUGAACAUUUCAAGUCCUCUCCAAUCAGGGACAUGAAUGGAAAAGAAGUGAAGAUUAAAAGAGUCAAAUUUGUUAGCUCAUCGAAAGAAAUCUUCUCACUUAUCUCUAAAGAGAAUAUCACAAAAGAUACGAAUGUUUCUCCAGAACUUGAAAGAAAAUUACGUGAGAAAAAAAUAGAGCAAAUUAGAGACUUGAUGAAGAUGUAUGAACCAUAUUUAUCUUCACAAUGGUUUGAAAGCAGCGAUACCUUCAAAUUGUGGGAAGCCAUGUCUUUAGAAGAACAGUUGAGUUUUGGAUUUGACGUUAAGAGGUUGGAUUGGAAGGACUAUUUUUCCAAAGUUCAUAUUCCAGGUGUAAGGAAAUAUGUAUUCGAAAGUAAAUUGAGGCCAAAAUUGUAAAUUGUAAUAUUUAUAUUUUUCCAAAGUGAAUUGGUUAAUUGCA